AUGAGUGAGGCUCCUGUCUCGCAGCCGGCGCCGCCUCCCUCCACUGCUCCCGCCGCUGCUGCCGUGCCCAAUGGUCCGACGACGACCGCGAAUAGCAAGGCUGGCGACAGUCCGCCACGCCUCCGCGCAGCCUCAGCAUGUGUUGCGUGCAAUAAGAAAAAGUUUACGUGCCUGUUUGGACAAAACGCUGACUCUCAACUUCCCAUUCUUCGUAGUCCCCGCGAGCGGAAACGCAAACGUCGAAAAAUCGCCGUGGACCGCGAAGACAGUGACCCGGUGACAAAUGCACCCAGAAAGGUGGAAAUAAGCCACGAUGGUGCUGCUCUUGGGCCUCCCCGUCGGCCAAACUGGGACUCAGGAUUACUACAUUGGGAGCACCGUCGCUCGAUUGUCGCAGACGGGCACCCGUCGGUUCCCUCGGAGUCGUCAGUUGGCGCUGGGACUUCGGCUCAAAAUCACACUCCUCCAGCGUCUGCGAUCCACGAAUCCGACGGAUCAGCUUUAUAUCCCAAUACGGGUCCGCCAGGAUUUGCUAGACCGCCGCAGCCGUCGCAAGAUUCGCGUCCUUAUGGGCCAAGUACUCCGAACUCGACCUUCUUAGGCCGCUCCGAGUACAUCCGCGGCGAAAUCCCUUUCAACGAGGAUCGGGCAAAAGCGUAUCCUGCCGUCGCUACAGAGUCUCUUACCGAAGAAGAUCUGAGCAUUCUCCACCUACAGCAUGCGUUUGACCUCCCACCCCGUGCUGUUCGAGAGGGACUCAUCGACACGUUCAUGAAGCGCUGUUCGCCGUGGAUGCCCAUUGUAGAAAGGAGCUGGCUCACAGAGCGAAAUGGGCACCAUCCAUCUAUCUUGCUACUUCAAGCUGUUUUCCUCGCCGCAAGUAGAGUCUCCUCUGCACCUGCUGUAACUGCUUAUGCUUCGUCGAAUGACUUUUACCGACGGGCACGAGCGCUAUUCUGGGCCGGUUACGAGAAAAAUACCAUCACUGUUAUUACUGCAGUGUGCAUCUUGCAUUGGUAUAAUCCCGAAGGACCGGAACACGUAUCUAUUAAUACGAGCGGGUUCUGGAAUCGGAUUGGUGUUGGCCUCGCCUAUCAGAUUGGGCUGCACAGAGAACCUCCCCCUGGCCGGGAUGGGCCACUUCGAAGGAGGUUAUGGUGGACGUUAUAUGCUCGAGAUUGUCUGAUCUCCGCAGGGCAUGGACGUCCCCGCGCUAUUAACCCAGAUGACAGCGAAGUCAAGCCUUUAUCACCGGAGGACUUUUAUGGCAGCAGUUCAAACGGUCAGCUUUUCAUUGCAUAUGUGGAAAUCUCAGCUCUUUUAGGGGGGCUCACACAAUGCUGUCUCCGCCGUAGCCUAUUGCGGCAAAAGCGAGUAUCUAUAGAGAAUGCUCUCUACCGAUGGACUCGAGAACUGCCAGAGGGCCUUCGUCUGUUUCGAAGACACAGUCCAACGGAGGCUGCUCCCGCGCAUCGGCUUGUAUUAAUGCCUUACAAUUUCGAGGCGCGCCAGUUGCACGUCCCGUAUUUCAUUACUCUUGCAAUUCUCUACCGACCAACGUCGCCGUCAAAUCUCCCAUCGGCGGCCGUGAUUCUUGCGUCGUCUUUUAUUGCCGGUAUCUUUGAAGACUUUUUGGCACGAGAUGAGAUUCGCUUCUUGGGCCCAAUCUUCACUUUCUAUCUUUUGGCGGCUGGGGUAGGACUUUUGUCGUGUUUCCCGUAUGCACACUUAUGGGAACGAGCGGAACAGGACUUUCGCAUCAUUUAUAAUUCCCAAAAGGAGCUAGCAAAGCGGUGGCCCUCGGCAAUCGGGAGUCUGAAAGCUAUGCAGAGCAUGCUUGAUGACGCGCCUAAGGUGUUUAGGCCGGUAGAUCGACCACAGCCAACACCGUUGACGCCGGACCAGCAGGCAUGUUUCAGUGGAUUCGGAACGGAUCUUUGUCGCCUUGGCGAUGUCAUGUUGGCUAAUUAUCCUCAUGAAGUGGGCGAAUCUGGUCGGCCGGAAGAUGACCAGUAUGCCAGGACAGUGUCAGACAUGAUGACAGCGGGUAUUCUGGCAGAAUUGAAGACCCCGAUGGACACUGCUGCUGUGCUGGAUGAAUAUCUUCCGCUGGCAACUGUGGUCGAUCAAAACACCCACGCAGUGAUGGGGGGAGAUGCUGCCGAAGUGACGGAAGACAUGUACAAUCAAUACGAAGGCAUUGGGAACUGGCUUCUCAGGGAAUGGGACUGGAACAAUGACAUCGCAUGGUGA